AUGGCGCUGGGGAAGAAGAUUGAAGUGGCCAAGAUCUGCGCGCAGUGCGAGAUGGAGCACAGCGCCGACGGCCUCAUGGACCAGAUGUGCUCCAGCGACUUCGUGGUCAAAAUGCGCAUCAAAGAGAUCAAGGUGGAGCACGGGGACAGGAAGCUGAUCGGGUCCCAAAAGAAGAAGAAGCUGCUCAAGCCAGGGCCCCUGAAGCGCAAGGACACCAAGCGGCUGGUGCUGCACAUGAAGAAGGGUGCGGGCUGCCCCUGCCCGCAGCUGGACAGCCUGGCCGGCAGCUUCCUGGUCCUGGGCCGCAAGGUGGACGGACAGCUGCUGCUCAUGGCCGUCUAUCGCUGGGACAAGAAGAACAAGGAGAUGAAGUUUGCGGUCAAGUUCAUGUUCUCCUACCCCUGCUCCCUCUACUACCCCUUCUUCUACGGGGCUGACCCCCACUGACGGGCACUCCUGCCCACCGUCCCCUCCGAAGCCAGCCGUGCCUUGCCCUCUGCCUGCUCCCCCCUGCCCAGGACAUGCUUGCCUUCCUCCCUGCCUGGCCUCACCCACUCCCAGGCUGCCCCACAGGCCCUAAGGUGUGGGCGUGGGGCCCAAGACUGCUCCCUGACCUGAGUAUCCCAGGCACUUUGGGCAUCUUUUCUUAGGAGCACAACUUCCACACUUCGGGUGUGUGUGGGGGGGGGGUGUGGAGGAGGGGGGUCCUAAGCCUGGGGUCCCAGAAAGCAGACUGAAGAGAGUGAGAAGAGGCGUGGCCCCAGCAGCAUGAGGAGGUUCCCAAAGAAGAUGGGCAUGGGCUCACCUCUGAUGGGGGCGGGACCUCACCUUGUCAUGGGGCCUUGAGGGGGGGAGGCGGUUCUUACUAGGCAGAGCUACUUGGGCGGUUACCCUCUGCCACUUCACGUGCCUUCAUAGGCGCCCCCCACUCCCCAAGGCAAGGUGUUUGUCACAGAAGCCCCCAGCCAGCUAGCCCCUGAAGCCUUCUCCAUCUUUGCCCCUCUGUUAGUUUCCCCAGGCCAAGUCCCUGGGGCCCAAGAAGGGCGACUCCAAGCAGACUCCUGCCAGGGUCCCAUCACAGCCUUGGCCAGCCCCGCCCCCUCCCCCCAUGGCUCCCUGAUGGUGAAUAAGUUAUUGUGACUGCUGAAGCCGCAGAACUGACUAGACACCCGAGACUGUGGGGCUCGGGUUCUGUCUUCUUGUUUUUUGUUUUUCCAAGUUUUUCAUUAAAUCAAAGAAACCAA